AUGGAUUAUCUAAUGAGAGACAUACCAAAAGAUGUCAGAAUCCCAUACUGGAUCCCUGACAAGAUUGUGGGAGAAGUUGGCAGCGUCCAGGACCUUCCAAGGUCAUGUUCUGGCAAUACAGCAGUAGCCACAUACAUGUUUCAUGGCCCACGCCAGUGCCAGCUCCAUCAUGCGCUCAUGCCUCAUGAGAAAAGUUGGCCUUCCUCGGUCAGUUGGGCCAUGGCCAUUGUAUUUGAAGCAACAGCAUUCCUAGGCCGAUACACAUUGUCAACUACCUUGGACAUAGGCGCUACACCCUAUUGGUGUGCUCUCUAUGACUUCAUGCACCUUCACCCCAUGGUAUCUGGCAAGCUAAUCUUCCUGGAAUGGAAUGGGAGAGACAAAGAUUCAAUCCAAAGAGCCAUGGAGCAUAGCAGUGUGGUCAUCCAUCUUGUUGGCCAAGAAUGGGAAACUGAAACCUUUGAUUUUGAAGACGGCUUUGUGAAGGUUCCCCAAGAAAUUGCCGUGUCCAAGGAAACUGGAGUUGAGAAAUUAAUUCAUGAUUCUCAUCUGAAUGCUAAUGUUAAAAGCUCUUGUAGAUAUCUGAGGAAUAAGUCCGCUGGAGAGAAAGAAGUAGAUGCAUUUCCAGAAGCCACUAUCAUAAAGCCAUCAGACAUCUAUGGAAGAUAGUUUCCUCAACUAUUGGCAAAUAUUCACUAGCUUGGUGGUGUGCCUAUUUCUCCGAGCCUGAAGACAGAGAAACAACCAGUAUACGCUUAUGUUUUAGAGGUAUCCAAAGGAAUUAUUAACACAAUUAAGGAUCCAAAUGCCAAGGAAAAACCUUUGCCUUCCCUGGGCUAAUGGUACUUCCUCUUGGACCUGAUGCAGUACAUCUUUGCUGUGGCUCACAGACCCUUCCUCAUUUACCCCUUGCCACACUUUGCCUACCAAUUGGUGACAAGGUCCUUUUAGAUGAAUCUGUUUAAGUCUUGGACCACAAGGGAUAAAGCAGAGCAGGCUCACAUCACAGACAUGAAAUUCCCUCACCUGCCUGACUUAGAAGACCUUGGUAUUCAAGCAACAACCCUGGAACUCAAAGCCACGGAGGUGUUAUGUUGUCAUCUUAUGUACUGCUGGCUGUCUUUUGAAAUUGAGGAUGUGAAGUCAGCCAAGACCAUCAACAUGUAG